AUGCUAGAGAACCUAUAUCGCAGACGCCUGGUGCUGUGCGGUGAUUCCAACCUGGUGAUCCGACAAGUACGGGGUGAGAUCGAUUGCAAAGCACCCGGACUGACGCUAUUGAAGCGGAAGGCCCUCGAUCGCCUGAGGAAAUGGAGUGAUCAUGAGUUGGUGCAUGUCAAGAGGGACUGGAACGGAAGUGCCGACAGUCUAGCGAGCGCCGCUCUGCAACGGCAAGGUGGGAUCGAGGUCCAGGAGAUGCCCGGGUACCAGGUUCUGGUUACCCUGAACCGAUUAGACGAAAUCUUGAUCCCCAAGACCGAGAAUCCAGUGGAUCUGAUCCGGGAGAUCCGGGUCGAUUGGAUUAAGCAGGCCCAGGAGGUUGAAGUCUGGAUCGCCAGUAUGAAGAAGUAUCUGAGUGGCUCGAUCGCAGAUCUCACACAAGCGGAAGCAAGGUCGUAUGGCAAGAUCGCGGCCGACUACGAGGCGACGUACCCGUUCCAGAUUAUUGCGAUGGAUCACAUACCGUCGCUACCCAGAUCCCACAAGGGAAACACGGAGUUAUUGAUUUGGGUCGAUCUGUUCCCAGGAUAUGUGAUCGCGAAAGCCAGCUCGUCCCGAUCAGCCCAGACGGUUGCGGAAUCGUACGAAGAGUGUGUAUUUCGGCGAUUUGGUGCCAGCGAGAUGAUCCGGCAUGAUCGAGAACCCGGCUUCAUGUCCGAUUUCUUCCGGGCGUUUAACAAGAUCCUGGGACAAUGGCAGCGGGCGACGAUGGCAUAUCGGCCACAAGCCAACGGGACCGCUGAGAGAAUGGUGCAGACCGCGACCAGGGCGCUCAAAAUGUACGUCCGUGAUCUCGAUCAGAAGGAUUGGGACGAAUAUGCUGAGGGCCUUACCUUCGCGAUCAACACAGCUCACGAUCGGAUCCGAGGAGAUACCCCUCACUAUUGGGUGCAUGGGUGGGAUCCGAGAUCGACAUUGGAGGCUACACUGCCUGUCGGAUUCGCCGAAAAGAUCAACGAAUUCAGCGUCGAGCUCGAGAUCGCAGGCACCGGGUACCAGAUCUUCCCUGUAGUACACGUGUCGAAGUUGAAAUUGGUCAAGGAUUUUCCAGAUCUACCGCGAGCUGAACUUACGGUGGACGAGGCGGAUCGUCUCGAUUUCGACGAGAUCCUGCUUCCGGAGGACGGUUGGGCCCCGGAUCUCGGGGCCGAUAAAUACGAGGUCGAGCGGAUCUCUGAUGUGCGGAGGUAUGAUGAUCCAACCUGGGUCGACGGGGCCGAUCUCAACUGCGGGGCAAUAUUGAACGCCUUCCUGCGAGAACGGGCCAAUCGGAACAGCUUCAAUGUGAUGCAAUCACAUGAGGAGAUGUAA